UCAGAUUGUGGAGACGAUAAAGUCGGCAGCAUAGUACCCAAGAAUCGAAGAGGAUUCAACAUACCGAACGAACGAUCCAAAUCAUCCAAGUUGCCUACCGCCUUCCCGAAUCAAGCCUCAUUCCAGCAGUCAUCAAACGCCCCUCCUAACAUCAUCCGUUGCACAGUUUGCCCUGCCGCCUUCUCGAGUCAAUCGCAAUUCCGGAAAUUACCAAAAAAGAAAGUCCCUAGGAACAGACAUGUCGUGCUCCAGCGAUGUGGCAAUAGCUUAUCCUAAGCAUUAUCCUUCCGCGCCAUCGUCUUGCGGAGCGGAUAAUGGAAGUCAAGUGGGGUGUCGUACGGAAUCCGAUAUGCAGGCCAUGACGUACGGUUCUUCGAAUGCUUGUAGCUCGUUAUACACUUCUCAGAUGCAGGCUGGCAACCACACAAACUACAACCAAAGCAACUACAGCCACGGCUCGGAGGUCAUUAAUACCAUCUCGUGUUUCUUCAAAAACUGCAAUAAUGAGCUCAACAUUAACCACUGGGCAGUCCACUGUGCAAGUCACUGCAGUGGCCCGCUCGAUGAUUCCGAGGAAACCAGCCGCCUCUUCUGCAACUGCGGUGGCACCUUCGAAAACAGCUGGCAGUCCCAAUUCCGGCACUUCUUCUCGAGUUCCUCUCUGGAAGUAAGGGAUGGCGCCUGCGGCACAUCCCUCCUGAAUAGACUGAAGGCCAAAAACAUCAUCAGGGAGGAAGAUGCCGAGAAACAACAGUCCCACAUGCUGACUGUUUUCAACCGGCACCGGUCCAUCAGAAGGAACGCAAGAAUGGCAGGCGCGAUCCCCAGGUCUCAGCACGAUCUCGAACAUGUCGGCCAGUGGGCUCGGUAUGGUGAUCAAUUUCUGACAGUCCGAGUUACUAUAACUGACGUGGGGAGGGGAAGGAAGGGAAUUGCAGCAUUGAAAUAACGACAGACGACGUAUAAAUACGCAUCCUCAGACGUCAAUAUCUAUCCCGGAUGGUGUCUGUUUCGAAUCGGGCCGGAAGCGCUUGUUAAAAACCUCGCCACGGAUCACCGCUGACGUUUUUUUUCCUUUCAUUGUUCCAUUGUCCCCCAUUUCUUUUUUGCGGAGAAGGCGGUAGUAAACUUAUUGGGUUUUUUUUUCUUUCUUGCUUUUUUGAUUCUGGCAAUUUCCCUCCGGAGGACCCCCCACAACCUUAUUUUCUUUGAGCCCAAUAGGCUUAACCCCCCACGUACAU